AUGUCACUUGUUCAACAUGUCAACUCUUCUCGACCAAACUGUGCUGAGCCUCUCAACACACAAAACUCUGGUUCUUCAGAUUCGUUUGGAAGGAAAACUCUUCAAGCAGCUGAUCAAGAUGUCAAGUUGUUGAACAAUAAAGAGGGCAUAACCUCUCUUCUCAUUGAUAGUAUGGCCAGAAAUGCAAUGGCUCAAUUAUCUCCAAGUGUUUUCAAUGGUGUUCUAGGCCCAACCAAUAAGUACAUUCCACUUGUUACAUUUGAAGCACAUGCAAAUGCCAAAUGUUAUGCAUGUCAAGUGGAUUGUUUGAAAAAGUGGAAAGGAUUAACGGAGAGAGCUCUUUUCAAAUCAUGUAAAUAUAGAUAUUUCUAUUAUGGAUGUGAUAGACCAUGUUAUGGAAGUCAUACUGCUUCACAGAAGGAUACUGCUGAUAUGAUUGCUAUUUGUUAUGUUAGGAAUAAUUGCAGAUUUGGAAAUGUAUUGCUUGAUUAUGCUAAAAAGUAUAAGAAGAAGGCAAUGAGUUCUAUUGUGUGGGAUAUUGGAACAGCUGCUCAAAAUACUAGAGCUGAUUAG